AUGAUAUGCCUGCAGACCAGCGAGGAGGUGCUGGAGUGGAGCAUCAACAAUGUGAUGAAGGAGGGGGACGAGAUCCACCUGCUGCACAUCAUCCCCGUGCCAAUGCCAGAGGUCAUCGGCGGCAUUGGCGCCAUGGAUAGCAUCGUCACCGUGGACCCCGACCCCCAGACCGACCUCAAGCAUAUUGCCGAGGCCAAGGAGUUCAUGAAGCGGCGGUUUGUGACCAAGCUGGCCAGCCGCAACAUCGCCUACAAAGUCGAGAUUGUGCACUUCCUCACCGACAAUGACAGCAUCGGCGAGGCGAUCUGCAAGCGCGGCGAGGCGCUGGGCGCGGCGGCCGUCAUCAUGGCCAAGCACCAGCGCGGCGCCAUCGCAGAGUUCUUCCUUGGCUCGGUGACCAAGUACUGCACGCACCACUGCAAGCAGCCUCUCAUCGUGCUGCACUGA